GUUCUGUAUAUUCUGUACAUAACCAGUCUUACAUAUCUAUGCCACUGUACAGUUUAUUGCUAAAGUCCACAAUGGCAUAUGUCCUUAUUUCCCAGCUUUCGCUUGGAGACACAGGUGCAAAAAUAUGUGCAAGAAUUUCUAGGUUGUGGGACUUUUGUGAUAUGAAUGAUGAUACAAAAAUUAUACACACCAACAUGGUUCUCCUAGAUCAAAAGGGAGCCAGCAUACAUGUGCAGGUGUAUCCUCCUACAGCUCAAAAACUUAGGUCAAUGUUGGCUGAAGGAAAGGUGUACUACAUUGACUCCUUCUGUGUCAAACAUGCUAAUAGGACAUAUAGGCCAGUUGGCAAUGACCUGAUGGUAUCAUUAACUAAGUGGACAACUUUCGAAGAAUGUCUCCAUGUUCCUGAUGACUUUCCUGGUAUCACAUUCUCUUUAACACCAUUUGAGGAUGUCUCAUCUCUUGCAGACAAAAAUAUCUUCUAUGUUGAUGUUAUGGGUGUGAUCACUGAAAUAGGCGAUGCUACUGUUGUUUGGCCUAAAUCAAGAAACGUUGACAGCCUGAAAAGAACUCUGCACAUCUGUGACACAAGCAACUCAACACUUCCUGUCACAUUAUGGGGAGAGAGGGCUACUGCCUUUGAUGCUGAAAACAUAUACAAGGCUGGCCAAACUGAGCGUCAGGUUAUCAUCUUCGUUGGCACGCUUGUCAAACAUUACAGGGGCAUAGGCUUGACAAUCACUAGGAGCGCACCAUGCAAAUGGUAUAUCAAUCUUAAUGUGCCAGAGGUUCUCGAUCUAAAACAAAGCUUUACCACAAACUUCCAGCCCAUUAGAUGGACUGACGGUGCACAACCAGGAUAUGAACAGGAAAAUCCGCAGCCAAAAACCAUUGAAGAAAUUCUUGCAAUUAACCCUCACAAAAACAAGGGAGCACGCUACAUUGUAAAUGUGACAGUUAAAACAAUAUCCACUGACAAUUCUUGGUGGUAUAAUUCAUGUGACAUCUGUUAUCGAACUUGUAAACCAUAUGGUUCAAGUUACAAAUGCACUGGAUGCUUUGCUAUAGGACUCCCGGUGGCAAGGUAUAAAAUUGUCCUCACAGCUGCAGAUGAUACUGGGAGCACGAAUUUUAUCUUGUUUGGCAAAACAGCGCAGCAUCUCAUUCGCAGGCCUGUUGAAUCUCUCAUCGAAGAAAACCCACCGGACAGAGAUUUUCUCCCAGAUGAAAUCCUACGUCUUAUCGAUCAGUCCUUUGCAUGGAAUGUGAGCUAUACACAGGAAGCUCUCAGAAGAAACCAGGAAUCGCUACAGAUUCAUCAUCCUCUUUUAAGCCCCAGCAUCAACAAGUGAAAUGACUAGACCAUCAC